AUGCUUACAAGGACUUUAAGAAGAUUUUCAUCUUUUACAAAUCAUUUCAGGUCAGCUGCUUGGUCUGUCCCAUCUCCUGAAAAGCAGAAUACACCUCCAGAUGACGCAUACUUUGCUAAUGAUAGAGCUAUGGCUGUCGCAGAUGGUAUAAGCGGAUGGAAACAAAUGGGUGUGGAUCCUUCAAAAUAUGCUUGGGAAUUAUACUUUACUAUAUAAUAUAAAAAAUUCGCUAUUUUUUCGACCCUAAUAAUUAAAUUCUAAUAUCAAAAAAUUAAUUUAAUUAGAAUUUUAUAAUGCAGAAUGUCUCCAAAUCCAUUGUAUCUCUUCCAGAUAAGCUAAAAUUCGAGCCACAAGCAGUCCUAAAAGACGCUACCAAAAAUACCAAAGAAACUGGCAGCUCUACCUGCACAUUAGCAAUCUUCGACCCUGAGCUUUCAAAACUAUAUACUGCCAACAUCGGCGACUCAGGCUUUAUGAUAUAUCGUAAAAAAGGAGAAGAAGUUGAGCUUAUCGCAAGAUCCCAAGACGUGAUCCACAGCUUUAAUUCCCCAUGUCAGCUAGGAACAGAUGGAGAUUCUCCUGAUAUCGCUUCUUACGAAGUAAUAGAAGUUCAAGAUAAAGAUCUUAUUGUUAUGUAUACAGACGGUCUCACACAAAAUAUGUUCGAUGACCAAAUUUUAAGAAUGAUUAAGCCUUUUAUGUUAUUAUUCUCGUCAUAAUUGAUAUUUAAAAAAUAUUUUUUAAUUUUUUUUUUAAAAAAAAAAUUAAUAGGAUAUGGAAUACAUGAAAUUCCUGACCUAGAAAUCAUUGCAGAAAUGGUAGCUGAAAGAGCAUUGGAACAUAGCACUGAUACAAAAUUCGAGUCACCUUAUAUGCUAAAAGCCAAAAGUGAAAAAAUUGAAUGGGUAGGAGGAAAACCAAACGAUAUAACGGUGUUGGUUGGCCAGAUAAAUCUCAAGGAAAUAAAGCCAAUCGAAGUAUAA